AUGUGGAUGACAAGCUUGCUGAAGCAUCCCGUACAUAGGAACCUAUAUCAGCUGCCGAACUUGAGGUAUGGAAUUGUCAUCUAUCCAAGCAAAGCUAAAAAACAUUUACAUUACUUUGUGCCCAUGUUCGUGGGUAGUGCAUUAAAGAAUAAGAGUGAAAAAACGGUAUUCAUUUUAAACUUCUGUUAUGGCGUUGUUGUAUUAAGUGGAAGUCAAGCUGGUCCGCUUGUUGCUUUAGCUUUCAAGUUAGAAGAAGGGAGAUUUGGGCAGUUAACAUAUUUGAGAGUAUAUGAAUGUAGCAUUCAUAAUGAUGAUUUAAUGAUUAAUAUGAACACUGGCUGA